AUCCUUCCCUUGUGGAGUCUUUCCUGUGAGCCUUGAUCUUUGGGUACAGGUGAAUCUGGAUGGGGCUGGGCCUGCUGACUGGCCUCAUCACAGACCUUAAUUCUGUCACCACAGGAAAAUGGAGGCCACUGCCCCAGUGUGACCUGUAUCUACAGUACAAUAUAAUACAGACCACCAUCCCACUCUCUGACACCUCCCAGUAUGGAUGGUUUGAUUGAGCAGAACAAUGUGCUCACGCACAAUAAGAUUGCUGAGGCUGGGAAAAGGAAUGGUUUAAUUAAUACAAGGAACUUAGUAGCAGAGAGCCGAGAUGGUCUGGUGUCGGUGUACCCAACCCCACAGUAUCAGAGCCACCGGGCAGGGAGUUCCCCGAGCUGCCUGGAGAAUGGCAGGAAUGACCCCGUGCAGCAGCUCCUGGAUCCCAACAUGCUGCAGCAGACCGUGGAGUCCCAUUACCGUCCCAACAUCAUCCUCUACUCGGAGAAUGUGCUGCGCUCGUGGGGUGAGAGCAUCAACUCAGAGUGCUGUGAAACCACAUUCAUUGAGGACCGCUCCCCUACCAAGGACAGCCUGGAGUACCCAGACAGCAAAUUCAUCGAUCUCUCUGCAGAUGACAUCAAGAUUCACACCCUGUCCUAUGAUGUGGAGGAGGAGGAGGAUUUCCAGGAGUUAGAGAGUGACUACUCGAGUGACACUGAAAGUGAAGACAAUUUCCUAAUGAUGCCACCAAGAGAUCAUCUCGGCCUCACUGUGUUCUCCAUGCUCUGCUGCUUCUGGCCAUUGGGAAUUGCUGCCUUUUACCUGUCUCAUGAGACAAACAAAGCUGUAGCCAAGGGAGACUUCCACCACGCAAGCUCCAGCUCCCGGCGAGCACUCUUCCUUGCUGUGCUGUCCAUCACAAUUGGAACUGGCAUCUAUGUUGGGGUGGCUGUGGCUCUUAUUGCCUAUCUAUCCAAAAACAAUCACUUAUGAGCCUCAGGAAAGAGGGACAACCAGCCGCCCAGCACCUGCACUGCAGAACUCCACCGCAGAUCAGACUGCAUGGUUUUCCAAAAAGAUCCAGAGACAUAGAAACACCUUCUGGGGGGCAGGUACAGGCUAAGAUGGGCUUGUGCAUUGCAGUAGGGUGGGAAGCUGGCUGAGAUUGAGAUAGUUGCUGUAUUUGUGAUGCACAAGUCCCGCUUCUCUACAUGAAACCUUGUGAAAGGAAUAAAGGAAGAAAAAAGAAAAGAAAAGAAAAGAAAAGAAAAGAAAAGAAAAGAAAAGAAAAGAAAAGAAAAGAAAAGAAAAGAAAAGAAAAGAAAAGAAAAGAAAAGAAAAGAAAAGAAAAGAAAAGAAAAGAAAAGAAAAGAAAAGAAAAGAAAAGAAAAGGAAAGAAAAGAAAAGAAAAGAAAAGAAAAGAAAAGAAAAGAAAAGAAGCGGAACUAGGGGAAGUGUGGAGAAGGGUAUUUUGCCUUUGCCUUCUUAGCAAUAUGGUGUUUACAAGAAGCUGGCAAACUGAGCUGUUCUCUUAAUACCUUCUUGGUGACAUGAACUUUGCAGCCAGCAUGAGCUUGUGCUUUGCUUGCUUGUUGAGCACGGCACUGAGAUCUGAGAAAGCAUGGACAGUGGCUGGUUCUCUGAAAGAGCAAUAUAGCAACAGGAGGAAGAAUACUUUUGUUGUUUUUUUUUUUUUUUGAAUGCAGGACUCAUUUGCCUAAGAGUGAAGCAGAGACCUAGCAGAGAACAGUGUUGCCUACUCUUCUUGUGUUGGUAGGUGUCUAUGGAAGGAAAAAAGGAUAAAAAGGAAAUAAAAAAAUAUUUUUUCUUUCCUUUCUUUGUUUCUGGAUUAAGACGUGACCCACAGACCCACCCAAUACAGAAAAGCUGAGGUUACAGCAUGACUUGACUCCGCAGACUGAGCGUGAGGUCAAAGUAGCAUGGAAUCCAUUGUAUAAUGAAUUCCUCCAUCCAGUCACACCGUGAUAACAGAACAUGCCCAUGGCAUAUUGCUUAUCAGGAUUGCUCCACCCUGUUGUGGUGACAUGCAUAGCAGCAAAUGCAAGAAAUGUGGGGGGAAAAAUGCAAACUGGAAUACUAACCAAUUUUAAAUUACAAAACAUGGAAAAGCAUGGGAAUUAACCAGAGGAAGGAAUGCUUCAUAUAUUUCUGAGGUAUUGCUCAUACACAGAGCAUAGAAGUGGAUCACUUUGAUUACAAGCUCAUGGCUCAUCCAUGGACCAAGGACACAGAAUAACCAUGGAUGUCUUGAUAAGGAAAGUAAUGGUAUGUUGCAAGGAAACUGAGCAUUGUCCUUACACUGACUAAAACAAUGCAUCUCUUUUCUUCUUUACUCCUUCCCCACAGUCACCCUUUUAUUUUGUUGUCUUACAGAUGUAUAUCAUCCCACAAAAGAUUUAUGUGUAUAGAUAUAUAUGUAUCUGUGUAUGUAUACAUGUGUAUCUAUACAAAUUGAUAAAUUGAUUGAGACAAUAAGCAUUUUAUUGCUCACUGCCUUAUGUUUGUACCAACACAAUUGAUUUGUCCAAAAACCUUUGUGUCCAUCUGUAUUUAGUGUCUGUUUUGCUCCAGGACAAUUAUUUUCCUUCUGUUUGGGGGUUGGCAUUGUUUUGGGUUGGACUUGACUUUUUUUUUUAGGAGGGAGGAGAACAAACACAUCCAAAACUAUUUUUCUGCUGGUUAUAAAGUUUAUUAAAACACAUGGUAUACAGCUUCUGACGCUCCGUGUGACACUUUCUUUGGAUGGAUGUGAUGUGUUAGACUGAGUGAAACUUGCCACAGUGCAGAGUUCACCUGUCUGAAAAAAUAU